AUGAAGAAGACCAUGGAGAACUCAACUCACAGUCCCGAGGAAAUACUUGUGCAUGCAGUAAAGAAGUGCAAAUCAGCUACUAAAGAUCUCAAGGAUGCUGUGAAACUCAAGGAAAAAAAAGAUCACUUAGGUGUAGAAGAAGAAACACCUCACGAUGAUGUUGUCGUUAUUGAUGCUGAAGAUGAUGAUCACGAUGUUGAUGAAAAUGAUGACGAUGAUGAGGGAAAUGGAAGGUAUUGUAGACGUGAGUUUGAUCAUGGAUACCAUCUUGUGAAAGGCCAAAUGGGUCAUAGCAUGGAAGACUACAUCGUAGCUGAUACCAAAACCGUUAAAGGCCACAAUCUUGGGUUAUACGCUAUAUUUGAUGGCCACUCAGGCCCUGAUGUUGCUGAUUAUUUGCAGAACCAUCUAUUUGAUAACAUCUUGAGUCAGCCGGAUUUUUGGAGAAACCCGAAGAAGGCAAUCAAGAGAGCGUAUAAGUCUACGGACGACUACAUUCUCCAUAAUGUGGUAGGUCCACGAGGUGGCUCCACGGCUGUGACGGCUAUAGUGAUUGAUGGGAAGAAACUUGUGGUUGCAAACGUUGGAGAUUCAAGAGCAAUCUUGUGUCGUGAAAGUGAUGUAGUGAAACAAAUUACGGUUGAUCACGAACCUGAUAAGGAGAGAGACCUCGUCGAGAGCAGAGGCGGCUUCGUCAACCAAAAGCCAGGCAAUGUUCCCAGAGUGGAUGGCCAACUAGCAAUGACGCGUGCGUUUGGAGACGGAAGACUUAAAGAGCAUAUAAGCGUGAGACCAAAUGUAGAGAUUGUUGAGAUACAUGAUGACACGAAGUUCUUGAUCUUGGCUAGUGAUGGACUUUGGAAGGUGAUGUCGAAUGAAGAGGUUUGGGAUCAAAUCAAAAAGAGAUGGAAUGCAGAGGAAGUUGCCAAAAGGCUAAUUGAUGAAGCAUUGGCUAGAGGAAGUAUAGAUGAUAUCUCUUGUGUUGUUGUUUCUUUCCUUCAGUUCAUCAAUUAG